UCCUUCGGUUGAGCCCGCAACAUCCUGACCGGCCUUGGCUGGUGUCAGGGAGCGCCAAGUCCGCACAGGGACGGAUGAAUUAGUGAACCUACAGUAACCUUCAUUUCUCAUUUCUUCUCUUUAUUGAAGAGUCGUGAUUGUGAAAAGCGGACACAAGGCCUCCAGCGCACAGAUUCACCAUGGGGAUCAAGGCUGCUCUCCCCAGAUAUGAGCUGUAUCUCUACUCUGCUGUGCUCGCAGGGGCUCUGAUAUGGGCUGGCAGUUGGAUAUUUGAAGCCUCCAGUGAUAAUGUAAACAGAAAGGCCUUUAAGGAAAGUGUGAAGCCAGGAUGGCAUUACUUUGGCAGGAAAAUGGAUGCCGCGGACUUCGAGUGGGUGAUGUGGUUCUCUACAUUCCGCAAUCAUAUCCUUUUUGCGCUCACCGGUCACGUGAUCUUUGCCAAGAUAUUUACCCUGCUCGCUCCAAAGAUUGGUAUUGAUGGAUGUAAGCACAGACCCUUGAUCUUUGCUGCGUACGGAGGGCUAGCCGUCCUGGUCACCAUGGGCUGGACCUUCAUGACUCUGGUUGUGUCCCACUGCGUCAUACUGUACAGCGUCGCCGUGGUCAAGAAGAAGUGGAUGUGCUUUGCUGCAGGUCUGAGCACGCUGGCCUCCAUCAAGCUGGAGCCGUAUAACUCUUGGCAGGAAGCCUUGGUGACCGGAUCGUUUGACCUGCAAGACAUCCUGUUCUAUGGAGGCUGUGGCUUCAGCAUCAUGCGCUGCAUGAGCUUUGCCUUGGAGAACUGUGACAGGAAAGAGGGCAACUACACCUUCUCCGACCUCCUGAAAUACAACUUCUACCUCCCAUUCUUUUUCUUUGGACCUAUUAUGACUUUUGACCGUUUUCAUGCCCAGGCUAACAACACUCAGUUAACCCGCAAGGAGAGGGAGAUGUGGAACAUCACCACCAAGGCCUUGUUACACCUGGGAGUUAUUCUGGUGGUGGACGUCUUCUUCCACUACUUGUACAUCUUGACUAUCCCCAGCGACAUGAAGUUGGUCAACAAGCUGUCUGACUCGUGUCUGGCGGGACUGGCUUAUUCCAACCUGGUGUAUGACUGGAUAAAAGCAGCUGUAAUGUUUGGUGUUAUCAAUACUGUGGCUACACUGGACCACCUAGACCCGCCUCAGCCUCCCAAAUGUAUCACCAUGCUCUACGUCUUUGCUGAGACGCACUUUGACAGAGGCAUCAACGACUGGUUGUGCAAGUAUGUCUAUGACUAUAUUGGUGAGAAUCAUGACAAGAUCUUUAAAGAACUUCUUGCAACAGUCUGCACUUUUGCCAUCACCACCUUGUGGCUGGGCCCGUGUGAGCUGGUUUACAUCUGGUCAUUUUUCAACUGCUUCGGCCUCAACUUUGAGCUGUGGGUGGCAAAGUUCUUCUCCAUCCCACCCUUUUCUAUUAUGGAGGGAGCGAUGGGUGAAGCCAUGUCUCGUAGGAUCCGGGGUGUCUUCAAUGCUGCCAAUUUCUGGGCUAUUGUCCUCUACAAUGUUCUUUCCCUGAACAGCUUGGAGUUUGCCAAGCUGGUGGGCAGAAGGAUUAUUUUCAAAGGUUUUCCUCUGUCCACCCUGUCCGUGCUGCUCGUGACCUACUGUGGCGUGCAACUGGUGAAGGAAAGGGAGCGCCAGCAGGCCCUGCUGGAGGAUCCAGACCCGGUGAAGCCAGUGGAUGAUGGCAAAGAGAAAGCUGAAUAAUCAGCCGUAAAACCACUGUAUUUAAAUUGUUUUUUUUUUACUUCUAUGGCGGGCCCCUGACAAGGUUUCAUCGUUAGCCUCGCCAACUGUAACAGAACUAGACUGUGACAGCCGGGUGGCACCUUUAUUGUUCACGAGGGAGGAAGCUUUUGCUUGUCAAAAGUGAGUCGGUAUUUUUGGAUUUAAAGUACCCUUGAAGUGCACUUGCAGCAGAUAAUCGUAAACAUACUCUGGCACAAACCUAAGAUUGACAUGUUUUGUAUUGGUAUUUUAUCUGAACAACCGUUUAUUGUGCCGAUCACACGCCUUACAAAGAAAACAAUUACCAUAAUUUCCGGAUUAUAGAGCGCACCUGAUUAUAAGCCGCACCCCCUACAUUUUUAAAGGAAACACAUUUUGUACAUAAGCCGCACCGGUGUAUAAGCCGCAUGUGCCUACAUUGAAACAUGAGAUAUUUACAAAGAAAGACGGUACACAGAAAGUGUUUUUAAAGUUUUAAUAAUAUGCUGUAGCUUUUCUUUCUGAACAGCAGCAAUAUAGUAAAACAACACUAACAGGGCUGGUUUAAAUAACAUACGGUUAAAAGUCACGGAGAGCCGUCAUCCUCUUCCUCCUGUGCACUGAAACCAUGGAAGUCUUCUUCCUCAGUGUCUGUUUCCUUCUUUAUCGGCCAGCUCGAUUGCUUUUAACUUGAAAGCUGCAUCAUAUGCAUUUCUUCUUGCAUUCUCCAUGAUGAGGGUCUGUUCAAGCUAAUUUUAUUCAUGCACAAAGCACGAUGUUACAUUAGUCUUCCUCUACAGAUAUAUUCCAGCUGUCUCACGCUUACCUUUUCUGCUCCAGCGCCCCUACUGGCCGUUAGAAAAAAAUUCAUAAAUAAGCCGCAUCGUUGUAUAAGCCGCAGGGUCCAAAGCUUGAGACAAAAGUCGCGGCUUAUAGUCCGGAAAUUACGGUAAUCAGAGGAUAGGUAAAGUAAAAAAAUUUUAAAAAAUGAGCAGCUACUUCACUCGGUUUGUACUCUACCCUUUUAUUAUUCUCAGAUUUGGACAUUCUUGCCUUUCACCGCCUGCAGUAUAGUUUAUUUUAUUCAAAUGUUGUUGUUUUUUCCUUUAAAUGGUUCAGAGGCUAUUAUCACAAAGCUGAAGGGAAUGAAACUUGAAAGAAACUUGCAAUAAGAAAUACAAACAAAGGGUGCUGUGGAGGUCUUCCACAAGGCUUUCAGAUGAUUGUAACGUAUUUGUACUAGUAACAGUAGAGGAUAGACUUUUGUUUUGAAUAGUUGAUAUGCUUUGGAUGUCUUAGGAUGCUGAAUGUAUUGAAGUCUUGGAACUACGUGCAGAAGAUGAUUGCCUUUUUCCACUUCACAGGGUGUUUUUUUUUCACAGGAAAUUACUGAUAAAUAUUGGUGUAUCUUUCCUCCAACCUUCUCACACACUUUGCUCUGGUAGACAGUAGAGCGAACAAAGAGUCUGGGUCAGUCUUUCAGUGCCUGUCAACAAAACCUGCAGCUUGUCUUCAAUGUGGAAGGUAAUGAAGGAAACGUUAUAAAGACUGUACUAUGUUUUGUCAUUCGGUGUUUUCAUGCGAAUGGCUGUUUAUUUAACUGUUUGUCCUGAAAUAAAGAUUUAUUUAAUCCUG